AAUUAUCUGUUAUCACCCAUCUCUCGUUUCUGAUGGAGUUGUUGUCUACGGUGAAAUGGGUUCUCCCUUUAGUGAUGAUUAACUUACUUCUGUUAGUGGCUGAAGGUGCGCGGUUCGAUAAUUUUGAUCAAAUAAUCCGAAUGCCCGGCAGUGAGGAUGAUGUUGAACCCGACGGCAAAACUUGGGCAGUUCUAGUUGCCGGUUCGAACGGAUUCGGAAACUACCGACACCAGGCAGAUGUUUGUCAUGCGUAUCAAAUUCUGAAGAGAGGUGGUUUGAAAGAUGAGAAUAUAGUGGUGUUCAUGUAUGAUGAUAUUGCUGGCAACGAGUUGAAUCCGAGGCCUGGCGUUAUAAUCAACCAUCCUCAAGGUGAAGAUCUUUAUGCUGGUGUGCCCAAGGACUAUACUGGUGAACAAGUGACUGCUGAGAACUUGUAUGGUGUGCUUAUGGGAAAUAACAACUCUGUUAAAGGUGGAAGUGGGAAAGUUGUAGAUAGCAAAGCUAAUGACAGGAUUUUCAUAUAUUACUCUGAUCAUGGAGGACCUGGAGUACUUGGGAUGCCAAACUUGCCUUUUCUUUAUGGUCAAGACCUGAUUGAAGUCUUAAAGAAGAAACAUGCUGCCAAUAGCUACAAAACAAUGGUAAUAUAUGUUGAAGCAUGCGAGAGUGGGAGUGUUUUCGAGGGUAUAAUGCCUACAGAUUUGAAUAUCUACGUCACAACUGCUUCGAAUGCAGAAGAGAGUAGUUGGGGAACGUACUGUCCAGGAAUGGACCCUGCUCCACCUCCAGAGUUCAUAACUUGUUUAGGAGAUUUGUAUAGUGUGGCUUGGAUGGAGGAUAGUGAGACGCACAAUCUAAAGAAAGAGACAAUAGAGCAACAAUAUCAAUCGGUAAGAGAAAGGACUUCGAAUUACAAUACUUAUAAUUCUGGUUCCCACGUGAUGGAAUAUGGUAACACAAGCUUUAAACCGGAAAAGCUUUCCCACUACCAAGGUUUCGACCCAGCAACUGUCAAUUUGCCCCCAAACAAACUCCCGCCUCAUGAUUUUCGCAUGAGUGUCGUAAACCAGAGAGAUGGUGAACUUCUUUUCCUAUGGCAACAGUAUAAGACAACCAUUGAUGAUGGUUCGGAAAAGAGAAGUCUAAUUCUGAAGCAAAUUACUGAUAUAAUGAUGCAUCGAGUUCAUUUGGAUGGAAGUAUUAAGACAAUCGGAGUCCUCCUAUUUGGACCCUUGAAGGGACCCAAUGCCCUGAGUUCUAUCCGAGGGCCAAAUAUCCCGAUAGUGGAUGAUUGGUCGUGCCUCAAAUCAAUGGUUCGGGUUUUUGAGAUGCACUGUGGAUCAUUGACUCAGUAUGGCAUGAAACAUAUGAGAGCAUUUGCCAACAUUUGCAAUAGUGGAGUCUCCAAGGAUGCCAUGGAAAAAGCUUGUAUGGGAGCUUGCAGCAUGAAGAAUUCUGUUAAGUGGCAUCCCUCGAAUAUAGGAGGAUAUAGUGCCUAGUUGUUUUUAUACUAAACAAAAUAGUACAUUUUGUAACAUAAGGUCGG